CCUUGCGUAUGUCACAGCUAACGCAAUCUAAAGCGCCGGGCAAAUAGAACGCGAAAAACUACACACAUACACAGUCGCGUACGAGAUCCAAACUGGACGCGUAAUCCAACGAACCGUGCACAUCUUGCCCAGACGUUCGAGUACGCGUAACAUUAUGUACGCAGGGAAGGUAACAGAAAAAAGAUACGCGCGUCUGUGUGCUCCGUUACCUACCGGUACCUAUCUUAGCGCCUAGUUUGCCCCAGGAAAAGACGGGAAAAUAGAGAACCGGGUGGGGCACUAGAGCAUCUGCUCCGUUAGUGGAUCUGUGGACGUGUACUUUACGAGACGUUGGGUGCACUUUAAACAAACAACACAAAACAAAAAAGCUAUUUCGAUCUCACCACGCUACCACGCCCUAAAUGCAAUAGUGGACGAACUGUUCGAGGAGCAGGGGAAAGAAACCUAUUCAGAUGCGCAGUGGAUUAAGUACGCUCAAGGAUCGAUUACCACCCUCCAAUAAAACCGGAAUAAACAGUAUAUUAAAGCAAAAGUAGUUAGAAAGUGUGAAAAUUUUGGAAAUAUUCGGACGACUCCACGUUCGCUGAAAGCGUCCGAUAGGUUGUUUGAAUUUCGUUGCGCUCUAGUGAUCGAACGAGGCAUAAAGUGUGAACAGUGGUGGCAACGCAAAUUCCGUCAGCUUAGUACACGGUAGUGCAAGUCCUUGAAAAGUGACAUCGUGUGGUGCGUGGUGCAUAGUGUAAGCGGUAACACCGUCUUUGCGGCACUCAAAUUCAACAACAAUCAAAAACCCGUAAAUGGCACAGACGAUGUGUACUGGUGCAGCCCACAGUUGAAGACUGACGCAAAGUGCUGCCACUAGUCGUGAAAUGAUGACGCGCCCUAACAUGGUGAUCCUGCUGCGGGCCCUGCGCUGGAUUCCCAUCUGUACGGUGCUCGUGGUGAUACAAGAAUGGCACCGGACGCUGGCGCUGCGAUUGACAAACAUGAACGUCCCGGAGGUGGUCGACUAUCGUGAUACGGUAACGCUGUCCUGCAGCUACGAUCUGGGCGCUCACCAAUUAAACUCAGUCAAAUGGUACAAGGGCAAUAAGGAGUUUUACAGGUAUGCUCCGAUGUUGUUUCCAAAGGUGACGACCUACCCGGUAGAUGGAAUCGUGAUCGCGACCGAUCGACCCACCAUCUGUAACCAGUACCUCUGCUCAAUCCGGCUGACCGAACUGCAGCGGCGCACGAGUGGCGAGUAUCGGUGCGAAAUAUCGGGCGACGCGCCCGAGUUCAAGCUCGCGAACGGUACGCGCAACAUGACGGUUGAGGUGCUGCCGCAGGACGACCCCACUAUUAGUGGGUUGAGCGCGAGCUACCUACCAAACGAGCACAUCGCCGCCAACUGCACGUCCGACAGGUCCAGCCUCGUCACCAGGCUGCUUUGGUUCAUCAACGGUCGUACGGUUCCGAUGGAAUACCUGCAACAGCUGCAGGAGACAUCGCUCGAAAGCGACGGGUUCGUCAUCCGCUACCGGAUGCUGGAAAUGCGGGUGCCAGUCGACCGGCUGGUGCAGCGCGAACUGGACAACGUGAUCCAUAUCAAGUGCGUGGCCACGGUCGACACCGUACCGUCCGUUGGCCGAGAGACGAAAACGGUCGUGGCACUGCGCAGCCACCGAUCCUCUCUGUUUGGGUUCGGCGGCCAUAGCCGGGCGGCCAGCCGGACAAGCCUCGUUCCAGCGCUGACCCUCAGCUCCGAUCUAAAUGGUGCCCAAUCACUGCUACUGCUUGCCUCCAUCGCGAUCGCCAGCCUUCGAUGGUACAGUGGGCACGACCUGCGGCUCCUGCUAGACAACCGACCCUAAGGCGAGCGGGCAGCUCGAGCAGCAACCAGCAGCAUCAAUUAAAAAGGACGAAUUGAAACACUCUCUUAACAUACUCUCUAACCACUGUUCUUCACUAAAAAAAAGUACGUCCUUGGUUUCGGAAGGGGCAAACGAAGAAAACAUCGUUAAAUCAAUGAGCAGAUCAGGUGCACAAAGUACUGUCUGCUGCUCAAACUUGAAGCGUUUUAUAAACGGGCAAGCUACCCCACUGUCCCUUAAUCGUUCAGCAUGAUGAAAAAGGAAACUUCCAACACCCGCUCCCCUUGGCGCUUGCAUGUAAACCUUGCUCUUUUAUUGGUGCAUCUGGAUAUCAUGGUUAGGAAUAAUACAAUCUCCGCUACGGUAAGCGAAGACACGUUGGAAAAAAAUUUACAUUCAUGAGAUACUUAUCGCUGCAUAAAAGAGGAGAAAAAAGAAACGAUGGCAAAAAAACAAUACAUCCAGCAGCACGUUCCACCAACAUAUAGUAUGUAAAAAACAAGAAAAGAAAACUCCAUUCACGAGACCCAAAGAUGAGAAGCAAAGCUUAGUCCUAUACGAACAGGCAAAAUGGGCCCCAUCGAUCAAUGUAAACAGCUGCUGGGUAAAGUUUGAGCAGAAACAGUGGCAGCAAGUAAACACGAAAUACGUUCCAAAACUUUGCAAAAUAGGAAGGAAACGAGAGAAACAUGAGAUAAAUGUUGGGAAAGUCUUUGCGCUAGACUGAGAGACGUUACGCGAAGAGAGUGAGAAAAAAUGAGACAACGUGGCAGCAAAACUAAAGGCAUCUUAGUAUAGAAUAUGGAUUUGUAAAUAUUAGCGUUGAGUGACGGGGGAGAAAAUAAUAAAUAACGCUACCAAACACACACAUAUACACCCACACAAAACACACUUAUUCCCAUUAAAGAAACUCACACAAACAUACUCUUAAGAAGGAUACUGUGGAGAAGCUGCUAACCAAAAGGAAAAGAGGGAACUAGAAAACUUGAUGGAGUAACAUGGACAAAAAAAAAAGAAAAGAAGGGAAACAUAUUCGUAUCCCUAAAGUAAAACAGUGGAACAUCAAACUUUUUCUAAAUUGCAUAGGCAGAAAAAACGAAAUAGAGAGAGAGGGAGAUAGAGAGAGAGACAGAGAGAGAGAGAGAGAGAGAGAGAGAGAGAGAGAAGGAAGUUGAGGGAGACGGAUAAAGACAAACACGUUUUCGUAUGCACAUGACGAAUCGCAUGCACAAACAAACACACAAACACCGACAUAAAAACUCACACGUAUUUGCGUGUUUAAAGAA